GGAACGUGUUAGGGGUUUUUCCGCUCGCGUCUCCCCUCCUCCCUCUUGUUUUGCUCGCGUCUCCCCUCUCUUUGCGUGUGCUCGGUCGAGGGGCCGUCUCUUCUGUCGGUACUUUAUUCAAGUAACGAGUCAAAAGCCUUCUGCUGAAGCCCUUGCUGAGCUCUCUUGCCACAUCUGUCGUUGUUUCCAACCGGUUUUUAGCAAUGCCGCAGGGAGAUUACAUCGAGCUUCACAGGAAGCGGCAUGGAUACCGCCAUGACCACUUUGAAAAGAAACGCAAGAAGGAGGCGCGUGAGGUUCACAAGCGCUCUGCCUUCGCCCAGAAGGCUCUUGGUAUUAAGGGGAAAAUGUUUGCCAAAAAGCGAUAUGCAGAGAAGGCUUUGAUGAAGAAAACGAUUGCCAUGCAUGAAGAAUCAUCUGUGAGGCGUAAAACAGAUGAUAAUGUUCAAGAUGGAGCUAUUCCUGCAUAUUUGCUGGAUCGUGAAACAACAGCACGGGCAAAGGUACUCAGCAACACUAUCAAGCAAAAGCGGAAGGAGAAGGCCGGCAAAUGGGAAGUCCCUUUGCCCAAGGUGCGGCCUGUUGCUGAAGAUGAGAUGUUUCGAGUAGUCCGCUCCGGCAAAAGGAAAACAAAGCAGUGGAAAAGGAUGGUCACCAAGGCCACAUUUGUAGGACCUGGUUUCACAAGGAAACCUCCAAAAUACGAGCGGUUCAUUCGUCCAUCGGCGUUACGAUUCACUAAAGCACAUGUUACACAUCCAGAACUUAAAUGUACCUUCAAUCUUGAAAUAAUUGGAGUUAAGAAAAACCCCAAUGGUCCAAUGUACACAUCCCUAGGUGUUAUCACCAGAGGUACCAUUAUUGAGGUAAACGUUAGCGAGCUUGGUUUGGUGACCCCUGCUGGAAAGGUUGUGUGGGGUAAAUAUGCACAAGUUACUAACAAUCCAGAGAACGACGGCUGCAUAAAUGCAGUUUUGCUUGUUUGAGAGCAAUUUGCGGUCUUCCGACAAAGGGCAAGUUGCAGUUUUUGUAGGCUUUCUCGUGCGGUAGCACUUGCUAAGUAGACAUUUCUGGCCUUGUAUGCUACAGAAUGCACUAUCACAUCUUCUGUUUUUGGUACUUAUUGAAAUUCCUGUAAUGAAGAGCGCUUUCUUUGAGUAA